AUGCAGACAUUCACACCGUACCCGCACGCCCGGUACUGGAUCGUCGGUGGCGGGCAUGAUUACUCGGCACAGGACGACCGCGCCGGUCCACAGGGCGACGCGUUUCAGCGCAUGCUGCGCACGUACAAGGAGAAGUACGAUGCACAGUGGCAGGAACGACGACAGAUCGCGGACGACCCGAAAGGCGUCGAGAAUCAAUCGCGCUGGGUGCAGUACAUGGGGUGGGCCGCGCUCUUCGACGCGAAGGACAAGCGGAUGAUUUAUCUGGCGGGCUUGAUGCCGCGGCGCGCAGGGAUUCGCACGCCCGCUCACCGUCGAUCUGAUGAGUCUUUAGGCGAGGUCGACCCCGUGUUGAUUCGACUGGGAGAGAGCUUCGAUCGGGUGAUGCAGCGAUGUGCCGCGCGAUUGAAGCUAGUGCCGCAUGAAUCAUUGCUCUGGCUGAAUAGUAUUGACCCGAUGAAACCCGCGGGAAGGCCGUUCGAAUUAAAGCAGAAUGAGAAGUCAAUGUAUCGAUAUCGACAAUUUGUCAAACGAUGUCUGAUAUACUCUGUCCGCACAGGGCGUUUAGGGCGUGAGGUGUCACGACAGUCACACGGGAUUCGAUGGACUGAUGUACAAUGGGAAUGGCUACAGCGGAUUGAGGCUGUACUUGGUCUGCUUGGUAGUGGAAGGCAGGAGGACGGAGAGGACGAGGAGGACGGGGAGGAAGGGAAAGAGUGGCAGCAUGCUCUGGAUGAGGCAGUAUUCACGUAUUGCAUCGUGAUGCUGCAACAGCGGGUGUUGGUGAACUGGUACGAGAGUCCGUUGCUGUUUUUUGCCGCGGUGCUGGGGAUCAACGACGCUCGUGGGAGCUGGAGCGAGCCGAAGCACUACACCGGGUCAUUGGCGGGACUAGUGUGGUGCGGACGGAUGUUGCUGCUGGAAGAAGCAUUUCGAGAAAGUCCCGAAGACCCGAAUGAAAUGACCGUGGAGACCGUGGAUGGUUUUCAAGAGGUGCAACAUCGCUGGUUGGCGGCAGGCUCAUACAGUCCGAUGAGCACAUUGAUCAACUGGAUGGCAUAUGGCAAGGGCUUCCGCACGAAAGAAGGAGGCACACCGAAAGUGCUCUGGGAGCAGAACGGGCAGGUCAUGCGGUACUUGAAUCAGUCAAUUCACGUGGACAAUUUCAUGGCGAUGGCACAGGAGGCGGUCAACGAGGCCGAGGCAAUGCUCAGUCUACUGAUGUACGAUGAGUGGGCGACGGUGGCGUCGACGAUCGAUCUCCGGCGCAUUCAGGACAGUGUUUCAUUCGAAGGUACGGGAUGUUCAUUCGCAACCGAGCCGCGCAACGCGUGGUUGCGAGCUGGCUUCAGCUUCGUCGCCGAACGAGCACGGGCAACAAUGUGGCCGUCUCAAGGAGGGUCAGAACCGCGGGUCGCGGAGGUCAAGGCGUGGAUACGACGAUUCAAGACGUUCAAGCGGCUGCUCAUGGUCAUUAUGCACAUCUGGGGUGGGCAGCCGGGUCGCGGGCCGGAGAUGACGACGCUGAAGCACUGUGACACACAGCAGCUCAUGCGCAAUGUGUUUGUCUUUGACGGCGCGGUGAUGCUCAUCACCGACCGCGACAAGAAUCGAUCAAUCCGCGGCUUAGGUCGCAAGGUCGCCCGCUUUUUCUCCGAGCGUGUCAGUCGCAUGGUGGUGGCAUACAUUGCAUGGCUCAUGCCGUUCGAGGAGUUCAUUCAUGAUGUGAGCGGCGUGGCGGGACCGGACAAAUCGCUGUGGUCAUACAUGUGGAAGGAUGCGCGUCGUGGCACUUGGGAUACCGCGCAAUUGAGCGAUGGAUUGGCUGCGCUCACUGGCGAGCACAUGGGGGUGGAAGCAAUGGUGAGCGAUUAUCGGCAUGUGGCGAUUGGGUUCGCCCGCGUCAUCAAGGGGAUUGUGGUCCGACGAAUGGAGGUGGAGAUCGAGGAAGGUGAAGGGGAGGAGGUGGAUGGCCCCGAGGAGGCCGCGACAUCAGGCCCGAAAUGGGAGUGGAUUUGGGACGCGCAGUCAACACAUGGUAGUGUCAUCGCGGCGGAUCACUACGCAAUCGACAGCCGUUUCCCGAGUCGCAUGCAGCCGGAGAAGCUGAUGAAAUUUCAGGAGAUCAGCCGGCUAUGGCAUCGCUUUCUAGAAGGGCGUCGUGGUGCGCAGGAGUCGGCGAAAGCUGCUGAUAACAUCAAGAAGGGCCCGUCAACUGUGACAAAGACGAAGACAGUGGCGACCGGGACAUUGUCAUCCGCGCGUCACCGCAAGAGGAAGCGCAUAUGCGCAUCAGGAGAGGUCGAGGAUGCGACGACAUCGUCAUCGUUGCCGCGUUCAAGGCGGGUGAAGCAUGAGUCAUCACACAGCACAUUGCUCGAGGAUAUUCCCCGCGGACUGGAGCAGUUGGUCGGGCGGUCGGCAACAUGGCGCAUGCCCGAGCAAGGCGAAGCGAUGGAGAAGAUCAUGGCAAUGCAAGCGGGCGAGUCGUUGACCGUGGUGUUGCCGACGGGAGCGGGUAAAAGUGUGCUGUUCAUGUUACCGCCGUUGGUGGAAGCAUGGGGUACAACCGUGGUGAUUGUGCCGUUUGCCGCGUUGAUGGAUGAUCUGGUGACGCGAGCAUGCAAGAGCGGCAUUGAUUGCAUUCGUUGGCGGCCCGGUCGACUACAAGGACGAGAGUUGCCGAUGCGAGUGGCGCGGCUGGUGGUGGCGAGUGCGGACACAGAAGAGGUGGGACAAUUUCGCGACUACAUCGGCAGUUUGCGCGAUCGUAAGUUGUUACGACGGAUUUUUGUGGACGAGGCGCACACCGUGAUCAUGGACGUGUCGUACCGCAAGAAGCUGGAUCAGAUCAAAGGGAUCUACCGGUACGGAUGUCCCGUGAUCGCGUUGACAGCGACGCUACCGGGCGUGGUGGUGCCGUGGUUUCAGGCGACGAUGUUGAUGAGGGACAGCACGAUCAUCCGCGCGGGCACCGUCAAACGCAACGUCCGGUAUAAUGUGGUGCGCGUGACGA